CCAACAAAUUCUAACAACUCAGCAAUGGAUGAGGUCUAGUUCUCACGUCGUUGUAGCAUCCCCAUCGCAUCUGCAUCUCGCUUCCCCAGUCCGACCGCGCGGACUGACUAUUCCACUCCAUGCUCCGGCCCGAGCACUGCCUCCGGUUGCUACCGGCGGCCACACCGGCCUUUGUCGGGGCCUCCGCUCCCUUCUCCUGCCCCCUCCCCGGCGGCGGCGCGAUACGGCUCCGCCACCCCCGCGCACGCACUCCCCGGCUCAGGGGCGAACCGUCAAGCGCCAUGCGCGCGUCGGCGGGGCCGGACGCGGUGGCUUCUGCGCCAGAGAUGCCGCAGCGGGAGGUGGUCCGGGCGCUCGCGGAGCAGGCGGUGGCACGGCUGGGCCCGCGGCUGCUGCCGUCCGCCGUGCCCGACGACGUCGCCGAGUUCCGCAACGGCGCCGGGAACGCCGUCGGCUCGCUCGACGUGCGCCGGGGCGCGCCUGGCUCGUCGAUUGAUUUCAUGCUGCAGUCCUCGCUUCACUGCAAAGUCCCAAAUGGUGCCAUUGACAUUACAUCGAUUCUCAUUUUCCUAAACUGCAUGACAGAUGCACCACAUUUCCUAUUGGAGCUGAUACAGGGCAGCCCAACUUCGAUUGUGGUGGUUCUUGACCUACUCCCACGGAAAGACCUCGCAUUUCACCCUGAGUACUUGCAGAAGUACUAUGAAAACUCUCGGAUGGAUGAGCAGCGUGCAAAGAUUGAUGAAUUACCACAAGUUCGUCCAUACCGAUCACCAUCACUCUUCGUGCGUUGUGCCUGUUCGCCAACAGCAGUAAUGGUCAGCAUAGACUGUGGACAAGGAGGAGAGGGCACCUUGGAAGAGAUUGUGCGUGGACAAUUGGCGAUGGUUGCUAAGGAGGUUCUUCAAUUUUGGCUUGAUUGCUGUGCUGAUUCCACCACAAAAAUGGAUAAUACAGAGAGGGACUUCCUUCUCAAGAGGGACCAAAUUGUAAGAUCCAAGUCGAUAGAGGUCGAUCUGACUGCAAAUCUACCGAUGAUGUUUGAUCCUGAUGUGUCUAGCCGUGUCAUAUCUGAAAUCAGGAAGGCCUUUGGGGUACAAGAGGCGUAGCAUGCAGAAACACAAGCAGGUACUUGGUAAGUUGUAGAGAAACAAUAUUCUUGGUCCUUAGUUGCACUUGUUUGAACAAAUGAAUCGAGUUGUUAACCACUGUAAUCGCCAGCUGCAUGUAGUUUUAUCGUCAUCCGCGUUGGUGUGCGUGAUAAGAUAUUACGAUGUGUAUAUAUUAGUGCCCUCAAUUCUUAAUGCUGGACCUGUCCCGUGUUCCACUGAAAUAAUGAAAUAGAGCCAUGCAACUUAAGAUGAUCAAAGGUAGGCUUGGAACAGAGCAUCAUCAGUUGUCACAAGCAGAGUUUCACUACUCACCUUGUAAGCUGCUCCUGCUGCAUUGGAACAGAGCCCUUGCAUCUUUUUAAUGGCAAACCCAAUCCCAGCCUGUUCGUUGUGAGAGCUGCAAGCGUAGCCGAAAGCAACUCUUGAAAGCUGAGAUGCAUGUGGUGGUGAUUGUACUAGUAACAUUGCCUGGUGUAGAGCUUUGCCAAGACUAUCACUUUCACUCUCUCCAUGCUUUGCUUCCUUCUUUUUCUGACCUGAUUGGAUUGGUGAGAUGUCAACAAAAACAACACUUUCAGAUUUCUCUUCGAGAGUUGGUGUUCCUCUGUAUCUGCAAAUAUGAUUUAGAAAUAAGUAUCCUUUUCUCUUUUUUUUUUC